CCAAUUAUAGCUCAGGAAGACUGACAGGGAAACAAGUGCGAGUUUCUCACACUGUUGGGCUGUUUUGGGUUCUUGAUGUUCCUGUUGGGUAAAAACAGCCCAAACGGCGGCUGGACAGCACUUCACCUGGCCAGUUACUUCGGCCAGAAAGAAGUUGCUGAGGGACUGCUGAAGGCAGGUGUUGAGGUGAAUGUGCAGAAUGACCUGGGCGACACUCCUCUCCACCUUGCAGCCCAGUCAGGAAGAAAGGAGGUUGUUCUGCUGCUCCUGCGGUAUGGUGCCUGUGCCACAGUAAUCAACGGAGCUGCUCAGACCCCUAGGGCUGUCACAGAAGAUGAUGAAAUCAUUACUAUGCUGGAAGCUGCAGAGAGAAGAGAGAGCAGGAAGAUGGAGGAGAAACUUCUGGAAGCAGCGAGAGAGGGAGAUUCCCCCACCAUAGCUCAGCUGUUCCUCAGGAACAGGCCGCCAGAUAUCCACUGCAAAGACGCUGAAGGCAACACACCAUUACACAUUGCAGCCUGCAGGGGGCAUAGACAGUUCGUGGAUGAGCUGCUUAAGAAUGGAGCCAGUCCCACUGCCAAGAACAGGAGCGGCCAGUCUGUGUUGGACCUUACAGAAGAUGAUGAGAUAAGGAUUCUACUAGAAACAUGUAAAGAAAAGAGUGCAGCCAGCACGGCCAGAAAGUUUGAAGGACUGUUGUGGAAGAAGUCAAAUUUCUUGGCCUGGGCCUCACACUGGGUUGUUCUGGAGAAUGGGAACUUGAGCUGGUACUCAAAACAGUCUGAUGCGGAGUGCAGCGAUCGCAGACAGGGCUUUAAGCCUCUUAUGAGGGCUCAGUGUGUGGUGAAAGCCUGGGAUAAAUACUUUUUCACACUCAGGUGUUGUGAUGGCAGUGUUCAUCACUUCAAAGUGUCCUUUAAUUGUGGAGAACCGGAAGUCACCAGAAGAAAAUGGCUGGACGCCAUAGAGGAGCACUCAGCAUACAGCGCUCGCUGUGGCAGGCCGGAAAACACCGGUGCAGAGGAAGAGCACGCAGCUGAAGAGGACACGGCUCUGGGAGACUUGUCAGACUGCCUGCAGGCAGCUGAAAGCUACCAGCAGAAGUUGGAGUCUCAGGUGGCUGUCUUCGUCUCUAUGGUGAAGAAUGAGGAUAACAACAAGAGAGAAAUGGCAGGUCCUGAGCUCCUGAAGGCCAGAGAGAUAUGUAAGCUAUGCAGUGAGACGAGCUCUGCACUGAGACACUGCCUGGAUCUGCUCUCCAGACGUGAAGAGGUGUGGAGUGUGAAAUUGGAACAGGAAGUAGAGAAGAAUAAGAUUCUCUCUGAGGCUCUGCAGACGUUAGCGACCGAGCGUCAGCGGCUCAAGCAGGCGCUCUCUAAAGGCAGGACGUCUCCGACCCCCAGCACGCUCACUGAGGAUGAGUUCUACGAUGCUCUCACUGUGCAAGUGGUUCUUGGACAGCUGUGUGAUCAGUUUCCUGUCUGUGAGCGGACUCUCCCACCGUUAGAGCGGCUGGACCUCUCGCUCAGCGUCAGCCUCCAUCCAAACCCCCAGGGCCCUGCCAGCAUGUCUGGGGAUGGUAACCAUGGCGACAAGGCUCACCAUAACGGAGUCAAGAAACACAGAAUGUCUCUUCCUGCACCCAUGUUCUCAAGAAAUGAUGUCAGCAUCUGGAGUAUCCUGAAGAAAUGUAUUGGCAUGGAACUGUCUAAAAUCGCCAUGCCGGUCAUCUUUAACGAGCCUUUGAGUUUCCUCCAGCGGCUGACUGAGUAUAUGGAGCACACGUACCUCAUUCACCAAGCCAACGCUUCCACAGACUCCAUCCAGAGGAUGAAGUGCGUGGCCGCAUUCGCAGUGUCUGCUGUAGCUUCACAGUGGGAGAGGACUGGCAAGCCCUUCAAUCCACUGCUGGGUGAAACCUACGAGCUGAUCAGAGAGGACCUCGGCUUCAGGUGGGUUUCUGAGCAGGUGAGCCACCAUCCGCCGGUCAGUGCGUUCCAUGCUGAAGGUCUGAAAGACGACUUCCUGUUUCACGGCUCUAUUUACCCUAAACUGAAGUUCUGGGGGAAGAGUGUGGAGGCGGAGCCUCGCGGAAUCAUCACUCUGGAGUUACCCAAACACAAUGAAGCGUACACCUGGACCAACCCUACCUGCUGUGUCCAUAACAUCAUAGUGGGUCAGCUGUGGAUCGAGCAGUAUGGCAACGUGGAGGUUAUUAACCAUAAAACUGGGGAAAGGUGCAGUCUGACGUUCAAGUCAUGCGGCCUUUUUGGCAAAGAGCUACACAAAGUGGAGGGUUACAUCCUUGAUAAAAGCAAAAAGAAGAUCUGUGCCAUUUACGGCAAGUGGACGGAGUGCUUGUACACCGUAGAUCCAGCUACGUUUGACCUUCACAAGAAAGCGGAUAAGAAAUCUGCUGAGGAGAAGAAAGGCAGCAAGCAGAGCAGCGUGGAUGAGGAACCCGAGGAGAUGCCCCCUCCAGAGGCCGAGACCGUGCAGGUCAUUCCAGGCAGCGAACUCAUCUGGAGGAUAUCACCCAGACCUGAUAACUCAGCUCAGUACUACGCCUUCUCCACCUUUGCCAUGCAACUGAAUGAGCUGGAGGACGACAUGAAGGAGAGUCUGCCUGCUACAGACUGCCGUCUGCGGCCCGACAUCCGUGCCCUGGAGAGUGGAGACAUAGAUUUGGCGAGUGCUGAGAAGAAGAGACUGGAAGAGAAACAAAGAGUGGCACGAAAGAACCGAUCCAAAUCGAGCGAAGACUGGAAGACCAGGUGGUUCCACCAAGGACCCAACCCACACAACGGAGGACAAGACUGGCUCUACUCUGGAGGCUACUGGAACAGGAACUACUCUCAACUGCCUGACAUUUACUAACUUAAACCUUCAGCACUACAAAAUCCAUACUUAACCCACCGCUGUGCAUAACAAUUCUUAGCCCGUUCGGACAGAAUUGGGUUCAGUUAUCUUGCAUUUUCAACAUGAGGCAGUCCAUUUGGAGUAAAACUGGAAAAGAGGACGCAUGCUUGUUCACAUGACCAUUAUCUUCAGUGCAGAAUGUGAAUUAUUGUAGCGCUGAAACAUGCUGUGAUGGUGAGGGAAGCUGUACGACAGUUAACUUGACUGCUUUUGUAUUUACCACCUUAUACAGUAUGCUGAACCGGGAGGUGGGGGCAGAUGGCAGAUGCUCUUGAAUAUGCAGUGUGAGGUAACGUUUGUGUAUACAGAGACUUGCAUUUCAACUUCAGAGAAAUAAUUUAUAUACAUAUCAUAGAGUUAUAUUUCAAUAGCUGUAGCAUUGUUGUAAAUAAUAAGGGUAUAGAUGAGAAUUAAGUUUCUGUAGACUUCCAGUCACUAAAUGAAAUAAACAGUAGGCAAGAAAACACCUCAUAAUCCUAGCAGCAGACUAAAUCUGUUGUUUUCUUGAGAUAAAUUAGAUUUUAUAAUAGUCAGUGUUUUAAAGGCUAGAUCUAGAUCUAGACUUAACUUAAUGCUGGGCUAAAAAGGAAUGAAUCUCUGCCUUAUUCAGUCUUUAGCCCAGUACUAGGUUUGAACAAACUGGCCCAAAGAAGUAGGUAAACCAUAGAUCGCAGUUUGGUAGAUACAAAAUGUUGACAUAGAAGUUAUUUAUUGAAUAGUAUAUUGUAGUUCUUUGAUGGUGAGUAUUGAGAACCUCUCGAAGGUGUAGACCUGGGGUCAUCAAAGAGCAGAUUUGGACUGAGAGCAAGUUUUCUCCAGGCCUAACCCAUUCUUUCAGUUCUAUUGACAUUAUACUGAAUCUAUAAGAAGAAGCAUUUUUGUGCUGCCACCAACAACUACUGAAACAUUUAAGCAUAAACAGGAGAUAUUCUAGCUCUCUCUGAUAGAGGACAGACUUUUUUUCACAAGACAGCCGGCGUGCUGUCUUACACAAGCUGUGCUUCACAGCCACCGUGUUCUUUUCUAAUAGCAACUGUUUACUUGCAGAUGUGAUGGCUGGAUGGUUGGAUAAGCAUUUCAGAAUGAUUGCAUAAUAACAUCAUACUAAAGCAUUUUCUAUUAUGCAAAUUCUGAAAAUGCACAUUAAAAAAUCUAAGAACACCAGGACCCAGAAAUUUGGAAAAUGCCUAAAUAUCACAAAAGGCAGUUUUACACUUGGAUGAGGUGAAAAGGCUGGUUUAUCUAUAAAGGACAAAGGCAAAAAGCUGUGAAAGAAGCAGAUUUUUUGAAUAAGUGAUGACAUAGCAAGAACGAAAGACAGGCACUAUGCCCUGUCAGAACUGUUUGCCAUGCUGACAUUCCCAGGAGUUUGACAGCGAAGUGGGAGAGCAAUUUCAGCCCUUAUUAAACGGGCCACUGUCUACCCUGCACAGCUUCUCUGCAUUGUUAAGAUUAUAUGCAGCUGACAGAUGGCUGUCAAAAGUGCUCUAUCAAGAGCUAAUAAAGGUUCAAAUCUUUCCAAUUUUAUACACCACGUGCUCGGCUCACAUUGUGUGUGGAAUUUGCACAAAAAUGGUAGUCUGUGAAAUGUUUGAAUGCAAAACCUACUCCAUUUUCCCCUUAAAGGUAAUGUUACCUUUCUAACACCUCUGUGUGGCAGGCUAUGUUAUGUUAGCACAGCUAAUAGUGUAUAUGCACAGUUCUGCUUUGCUUAUGGCAGCUCUAUCUUAGACUUUGACAUCUGAAGCUUGUGAGAGGCAUUAUUGUAACAUAUUACACUGGGGUUCUGGCCCAAACAGCAUUUGCUCUGGCAGAAUUUGGUCCAAGGUCAAAGCUAUUUGAUGACCCCUGGUGUAGACGGAAGAAUGUGUAGCCUAAAGACCAACCAAUCACAAAUGUUUUGGACAUUCAGAGUUUGUUGAGUUGUUGGUUCAAUGUGAAAAUAAGCUAGACGUCUAUAAAACUAUUUAAA